AGCUUCUGAAGACAAAACAUGGACUUGGAGAAUAUUAGAUAUCGAUAUUUUUCACGUGAAAUAUUCGUGCUUGGUCAAAAGGCAGCAGGAGUUCGUGGAUUUAACAACGUCCAAGACUAUUACACUAUUCAAAAGCAAUGCCUUGAGUCUGGAAAAUUGUUUGAAGAUCCAGAAUUUCCACCAACUGGAAAUUGGCUUCGUCCACAUGAAAUUUGCAAAAAUCUUGGAAUCGCUAGUCCUCAAUUUUUCGUGGACAGCGUGUCUCGAUUUGAUAUAAAGCAAGGAAGAUUGGGUGAUUGUUGGUUCCUUGCAGCAAUGGCACCUCUGACAUCAAGUAAACUUAUGAUCAACCAAAUUGUCUGCAAGGAUAACAGCUUUGAUGAAAAUUAUGCUGGGAUCUUUCAUUUUCGCUUUUGGGUGAACGGAAAGUUUGUGGAAGUAGUCGUUGACGAUCGUUUACCAGUCAAUCAAUUUGGUCAGUUAAAUUGUUUGCGAUCGAAUGAACCAAAUGAAUUUUGGUCAGCACUACUUGAAAAGGCAUAUGCAAAAUUAUUUGGAGGAUAUGAAGCACUAGACGGUGGACUUCCUUAUGAAGCCUUUGAAGAUUUUACAGGAGGCAUUUCGGAAAUUUUCGAUUUAAAAACUGCACCAAAAAAUCUGUUUGAAAUAAUGGGAGUAGCUGUAAGAAGAGGUUCCAUGAUGGCAUGUUCUGUAAAUCCAGAUCCAAAUAUAAGAGAAGCAGUUCUUCCAAACGGGUUAGUUCAAGGUCAUGCAUAUUCUGUGACAGGUGUUAAAACUGUUGAUGUUGAGAUGCAAGGUGACAAAUACAGCAUCGAUUUAAUACGAUUGAGAAAUCCAUGGGGUCAAGGUGAAUGGAAAGGAUCAUGGAGUGAUGACUCUGUAGAAUGGAAAAUGAUUUCGGAAGAUCAGAAAAAAGAAUUGGGUAUUACGAUCGAGCAAGAUGGUGAGUUUUGGAUGUCUUAUCAAGACUUUAUCUCAUACUAUGAAAGGUUGGAUAUAUGCAAUGUCUCACCACAUUCAUUGCAUGACGACAAGCGCAAAGAAAACUUUUGGGAUAGAAAAUUUUAUGAUGGAGCAUGGGUUAAAGGUUCUUCAGCUGGUGGAUGUAGAAAUCAUAUUGAUACUUUCCAUACAAAUCCACAGUAUGUAAUGACACUAAAGAAUGCAGAUGAAACUGAUCCAAAAGGACGUUGCAAUGUCUUGAUUGCAUUAAUGCAAAAGAAUGGAAGAAGCAAGGAAAAAGGAUCACAUUACGUUCCAAUGGGAUUCUCUGUUUAUCGUAUUCAGGAACAGCAUUUAGAUCAAGUUCCCCUAAAGAAUGAAUUCUUCAGAUAUAAUGGAUCGAUAGAGCAAACAACAUUUGUAAAUUCACGUGGAAUCACUGCUCGUUAUAAGCUUGAACCAGGACAUUAUUUGAUUGUUCCAUCUACAUUCUACCAAAAUGUUGAAGCUGAAUUUUUACUUCGUGUGUGCACUGAAAAGAAUGAAGCCUUCGAUUGGGAAGAGUUUGAAAAAUACAGAGAAAAGAAUAAAGAUAACAAACGUCGAUCAAAGUUCACGCCAAGCUUCAAGCCAUGCAAACCAGAAGAUUUUCUUCCAUCAAAUAAUAUGAGUGAUAAUGAAUCUGAAACUAAAGAUCCUGCUGUGUCUAAAGAUCAACCUUCUGUUAAACCCGCAGUCAAGGAACCAACAGAGAUGCAAUUAGUCGAAAAAUUGUUCAAGGAUGCAGCUGGAUCGAAAGAAGAAAUCGAUUGGAUGGAGUUGAAGGCAAUACUCGAUGGUUCUAUACCGAAAGAAAGUCGCGUUAAAGGUAUUUACUCUGAUUAUAAGAAUGAUGGAUUCUCUAGGGAUAUUUGCCGCUCAAUAAUAGCAAUGAUGGACACUGAUUAUUCUCGCAAGUUAAAACUGGAUGAGUUCAAAAAGUUUUAUGCUACUUUUAUAAAAUGGAGGGAUGCAUUUGAAAAGUACAACAAUCCUAAAACAUGGAAAUUGUCACCGCAACAAUUAUUUGAUACACUCAAAUUAGUUGGAUUUGAUCUUGAUGCAAGAGUUAUCAACAUGUUAAUUUAUCGUUAUGGAACUCCAUACAACACUCUCCUUUUUGAGGAUUUCAUCAUGUGUGCAGUUAAAGUCACAACUAUGAUCGAGCGAUUUAAGGAAAAGGCAAUGGGCAAUAAAGAUAAUGCAAUGUUCUCUAUGGAUGAUUGGAUCGUGACAACACUUUAUUCAUAAAAAUUUGUUAAAGUUUUGAAUUUUAAGAUUUUAUGAUUCCAGUUCCAUAAUUUUUGUUAAAUUUUAGAAUUUUAAGAUUUUAUGAUUCCAG